AAAGGGUCCUAUUUGUUUACUUGUCUUAUUUUAGUUUGUUCAAUUUCUUCUGUUUAUUGGCUCUGAAGCCAAGAUUCAGAAUAAUAACUUGCACAACUAUACUUACUUCACCCAAGUCAACCCGACCCGACCCGAUCCAAUAUGGGUCUACCGGAAAUGGACUCAAUGGCAUCAGCGAUCGGAGUAUCGGUUCCAGUACUCCGUUUCCUGCUCUGUUUCGUUGCAACUAUUCCGGUGAGUUUCCUUCACCGGUUCGUCCCAACCGCCGUUGGUAAACACCUAUACGCCGCCGUUACUGGUGCUGUUUUAUCGUAUUUGUCGUUUGGGUUUUCGUCGAAUCUUCACUUCUUUGGACCUAUGCUUUUGGGUUAUGUUUCUAUGGUUAUUUGUCGACGUUAUUGUGGGAUCAUUGCUUAUGUUGCUGCGUUUGGAUAUCUUAUUGGAUGCCAUGUAUACUACAUGAGUGGGGAUGCAUGGAAGGAAGGAGGAAUCGAUGCUACAGGAGCUUUAAUGGUGAUAACACUGAAAAUAAUUUCAUGUGUGAUUAAUUACCAAGACGGAUUGUUGAAGGAGGAAGAUUUGCGUGAGGCUCAGAAGAAAAAUCGUUUGCUCGAGUUGCCAUCAUUACUUGAGUACAUUGGUUAUUGUCUCUGUUGUGGAAGUCAUUUUGCAGGUCCAGUGUAUGAAAUGAAAGAUUACCUUGAAUGGACAGAAAGAAAAGGAAUAUGGAAACCUUCAGAGAAAGGAAACCCUUCACCUUUUGGGUCAACUUUAAGGGCUCUUCUUCAAGCUGCUAUAUGUAUGGGGUUGUAUCUCUAUCUGGUGCCUCAUUUCCCACUUACCAGGUUCACUGAUCCAGUAUACUACGAAUGGGGUUUCUUCAAACGAUUGGGCUACCAAUAUAUGGCUGGCUUUACUGCCCGGUGGAAAUAUUAUUUUAUCUGGUCAAUCUCUGAAUCUGCUUUAAUCAUAUCUGGACUGGGUUUCAGUGGUUGGACAGACUCUUCUCCGCCAAAACCACGCUGGGACCGUGCAAAAAAUGUUGACGUAUUGGGUGUUGAGUUAGCAAAGAGCUCAGUUCAGUUACCACUUGUAUGGAACAUUCAAGUCAGCACGUGGCUGCGGCACUAUGUAUAUGAGAGGCUCAUACAAAAGGGGAGGAAGCCUGGUUUCUUCCAGCUGCUGGCUACCCAAACUGUCAGCGCCGUAUGGCAUGGAUUAUAUCCUGGGUACAUCAUAUUCUUUGUACAAUCCGCUUUGAUGAUUGCUGGAUCAAGAGUCAUUUACAGGUGGCAGCAAGCUACAAAAGGUACUAUCUUUGAGAAGAUACUGGUAUUGAUGAAUUUUGCAUACACACUGCUGGUUCUAAACUACUCUGCUGUUGGAUUCAUGGUAUUAAGCCUGCAUGAAACUAUUACUGCCUACGGAAGUGUAUACUAUGUUGGAACAAUUAUACCAAUUGUACUCAUCUUGCUGAGUAAAGUAAUUAAGCCUCCAAGACCUGCGACAUCUAAAGCUAGGAAAGUAGAGUGAGUCCAAGCCAGUUUCUUCAGAUUGUUGCCUAGAUUCUUAUGUAUUCUGUUUCGAUGGCUGGAGAGCACUUAGUUUGAGAAGGAUAGGAGAAAGUAGCAUUUUUCCUUCAAUUAACUGGUCACUGAUAGUCAUGUAUCCAACUGUAUAAUUAUUGGCAAAUUCUUGGCCACAAGAGUUGAUAAAUGAUUGUUUAUGCUACGAUCUAAUCAAGUCCUGUUCUUGCAUUCAA